UUGUCGGUGUUCACGAUGGGACACACCAGCCUGGAGAAGAUCAUCUCCCUGCAGAGAAACCCAGCCAACAUCAGGAACCUGUGCAUCCUGGCUCACGUUGAUCACGGUAAAACGACUCUGGCGGACUGCUUAGUGGCGAGUAAUGGGAUCAUAUCGAGUCGACUGGCGGGGAAGCUGAGGUAUCUGGACAGCCGGGAGGAUGAACAGAUCCGUGGAAUCACCAUGAAAUCCAGCGCCAUCUCCCUGCACUACUCACACGGAGAUCAGGAGUACUUACUGAAUCUGAUCGACUCUCCGGGUCACGUCGACUUCUCCUCAGAAGUUUCCACCGCCGUCCGGCUGUGCGACGGAGCUGUUGUAGUUGUCGAUGCGGUGGAGGGAGUGUGUCCGCAGGACGACUCCCACCUCUACUUUUCUCCCGACCAGGGAAACGUGGUGUUUGCCAGCGCCAUCGACGGCUGGGGCUUCAGCAUCCGGCAGUUUGCUCAGAUCUACAGCGAGAGGAUGGGCAUCAAGAAGGAGGUGCUGCUGAAAACCCUGUGGGGAGAUUUCUACCUCAACAUGAAAGCCAAGAGGAUCAUGAAAGGAGCUCAGGCCAAAGGAAAGAAGCCGCUGUUCGUGCAGCUGGUGCUGGACAACAUUUGGAGCUUAUAUGAUGCAGUCGUCAUCAGGAGAGACAAGGAGAAGGUGGAGAAGGUGGUGACAUCACUCGGGGUGAAGGUGAUGGCCAGAGACUCGCGUCACUCCGACCCCAAAGUCCUCCUGUCUGCCAUCUGCAGCCAGUGGUUACCUGUUUCCCAGGCCGUCCUUUCCAUGGUGUGCGAGAAGCUCCCCAGCCCGUUAGAGAUGGCGGCCGAGAGGGUGGAGAAGCUGAUGAGCGUGGGAGCACGCCGCUUUGACUCGCUGCCCGAGCAGACGCAACACCUGAAAACAGCAUUCCUGCAGUGUUCGAGUGAGGAAAACGCUCCCGUCAUCGUCUUCGUGUCCAAGAUGUUUGCCGUGGACGCCAAGGCCCUUCCUCAGCACAGACAGAGGCCUCUGACUCAGGAGGAGAUCGCUGAGCGCAGGGAGACGGCGAGACGGCGACACGCUGACAAGAUGGCAGCAGAGAGCCACCGAGAGCCCUCCCACUCUGAGAGCGCGUCACCUGCAGGAGUCUGCACAGCGAACGUGGAGAACCUGACGCUGAAAGACUCGAAGCCGGAGGAGGAAGAGGAGGCGAAGGAGACCUUUGUGGCGUUCGCUCGCGUCUACAGCGGGGUGGUCAAGAAAGGACAGAGAGUAUUCGUGCUGGGACCGAAGUACGACCCCGCCCAGAGCCUGAGCACGCUGCCGGAGGGAUGCAGCGCUUCGGACGACGUGUCUGAGAUUCCUCACCUGUCCCGUUGCUCCAUGGAAAACCUCUACCUGCUGAUGGGCAGAGAGCUAGAAGAGCUGCAGGAAGUCCCCGCCGGAAAUGUCCUCGGUAUCGGGGGGCUCGAGGAGUUCGUCUUGAAGUCGGCCACGCUGUCAACCGCACCCGCCUGUCCACCCUUUACCCCGCUCAACUUUGAGGCCACGCCCAUUGUCCGGGUUGCCAUAGAGCCCAAACAUCCAAGCGAGAUGCCAAAGCUGGUGCGCGGGAUGCGUUUGUUGAACCAGGCCGACCCCUGUGCCGAGGUUCUGAUCCAGGAAACCGGAGAACACGUUCUGGUCACUGCUGGCGAGGUUCAUCUGCAGCGCUGCCUGGACGACCUGAGAGAGCGGUUUGCUAAAAUCGAGAUCAGCGCGUCUGAGCCCAUCAUCCCGUUCAGAGAGACGGUGGUCCGUCCUCCCAAAGUGGACAUGGUGAACGAGGAGCUGGGCAAGCAGCAGAAAGUCGCCAUCAUUCAUCAGGUCAAAGAAGAGGCCGCUCCGGGUCGAUCAUCCGACACCCUACACCUGGACUCCAGCGGCCUCGUUACCCUCACCACCCCCAACAGGCUGGCCACAGUUGGCGUCAGGGCGAUACCUCUGCCACAGGAGGCGACCCGUCUGCUGGAGAGCAGCUCGGAGGUGAUUCGGACUCUGGAGCAGGUAAACAUGUCGCUGAGGGAGGGGAAGAGUCUGGACGUCAGCGAGCCGCCGCGGCGGAGAAGCGCUCCGUCAGCCGAAUCAGCGCCGCCGCGGCGGAGCAAGGCCUCUGCUGAAUCACGGCUCGUUCUCUGUCGUGUUUACGGGGUACUCGGUAAGCGAGAAGGUCGAGUCCUCCAGGAAGAGAUGAAGGAAGGGACGGACAUGUUCAUCAUCAAGGCCGUGCUGCCCGUGGCGGAGAGCUUUGGCUUUGCAGACGAGAUCCGCAAGAGGACGAGCGGAUUGGCCAGUCCGCAGCUGGUGUUCAGUCACUGGGAGCGGCUCAAUGAGGACGCAUGCGGAGGCGUGUCCACGCGUGAUUGGAUCGUCCGAGCCACAGGUCGACGGCAGGUGUGA